AUGGUCCCCUCUUACAACCUCUACCACGAGCACUACAUGCGGAACUCGCGGGCCAUCGGCGUGCUAUGGGCCAUCUUCACCAUCUGCUUCGCCAUCAUCAACGUGGUGGUCUUCAUCCAGCCCUACUGGGUGGGCGACAGCGUGAGCACCCCCAAGCCUGGCUACUUCGGCCUCUUCCACUACUGUGUGGGCAGCGGGCUGGCGGGCCGCGAGCUCACCUGCCGCGGCUCGUUCACCGACUUCAGCACCAUCCCGUCCGGCGCCUUCAAGGCGGCCGCCUUCUUCGUGCUGCUCUCCAUGGUGCUGAUCCUCGGCUGCAUCACCUGCUUUGCGCUUUUCUUCUUCUGCAACACGGCCACGGUCUACAAGAUCUGCGCCUGGAUGCAGCUCUUGGCAGCUCUGUGCCUCGUGCUGGGCUGCAUGAUCUUCCCCGACGGCUGGGACGCGGAGACUAUCCGGGACAUGUGCGGGGCCAAGACCGGGAAGUACUCCUUGGGGGACUGUUCGGUGCGCUGGGCGUACAUCCUGGCCAUCAUCGGCAUCCUCAACGCCCUCAUCCUCUCCUUCCUUGCCUUCGUGCUGGGCAACCGGCAAACAGACCUGCUGCAGGAGGAGCUCAAGCAGGAGAACAAAGAUUUUGUGGGCUCUACAGUAAGCUCUGUGUUGCGGCCAGGGGGUGAUGUCUCCGGAUGGGGAGUCCUCCCCUGUCCCGUCGCUCACUCACAGGGACCCUGAAGGCCGAGAUCGCAGCCUGGGAAUCGACCAGCCCUCAGCUUGUCCUGUCUCCUGCCCUCUCAUCCCUCCAUUCAAACUCUGAGGGAAGAUCCAGAUCUCGGACUGACUUCUCAACUGCUCCCCUUCUGCAAGCUCUGAAGAGGUUGGGACUGGAAUGAAGGCUGGGGGAGGGGGGAGGCCCUGCAGAACCUGGGAGGGCCUGGCUCUGCACCUCCCUCAACUGACUUAAGGGAGCCGGCCCCCAGCCCCGGCCACCUCCUCCCCCGCUAGCCUGGCCUGGGGCCCCUCCACAGUCUCCAGGGGAGGGAGGCGCUGUGGUUCUGGUUCCCCAGGCUCCCUCAGUCUAGAGGGCUGCUGCCUCCAUCCUCACCUCCCCUGGUCCCUGCCUCCUGCAGAAACUUAUCCAAGACACGGCUCCAGGACAGACCCCACUCCAGGACAGUCCGGACUCUUUCCUAACUUUUUUUUUUUUUUUUGCUGAUGGUGGUUCCACCACCUCGUCACAGAGCUCCAGGUACCACCAGCCUCCCCGAGGCAUCUCUGCUCCUGCUGCAGCCUGCUCCCAGCUCUCCCAAAGGAGUCUGAGGGGCACUGAGGGAGAAGGCCCGGGGCCUCCCGGUCAGCUGCCGACUGGGGCCUGUCCUCCCAGACCCCGGAGGCGGCGGGAGGAGGCACUCUGACUCCUGUCUGGGUGUGGCGCUCGGUUGCUGCAGCUGGGGCUGGAAGCAGCACAGCCUGCGCUGGCUUGGCCUUCCUCCUGCUGAGAUGGCUCACCAGUGACUGGACCCUUGACCCCGGCCAGUUUUGUACAGCACAGACUUCUUGGCCCUGUUGUCAGGGUUGGGGAGAGGGGCCCAUGAGUGGGGAAUUAGGGGAUGCAUCACCCCUCUGCCCCUCCUCAUGCCCCCCCACCUCGGGCAUCUGCCAAGGGCAGAGACUCUCUUGCCUCUUUGAUACUUUUCUGCAUAACUUGAACUUGCAGGUCACCUCUGAACAGGGUACCCCGUCCCCAUCCCCAGGCCUUGUAACCUUGUCCCCACUUCUUCUUCCUCCUUGCCCACCUCUCGCCUUGCGAUUUGCCCAGGGUCUGCAGCCCGAUGGGCAUGCUUGGAGCCAAGGCAUGAGUGUGUGUGAGCGCGUGUGUGCGAGUGUGUGUGUGUGUGUGUGCGUGUGCGUGUGCGUGGAAGUGUUGGGGGGAGCAGAUGAGGAGUCUUCUCCCCUCUCCUCCCACGGUGGGGCAGCUCCUCCCCACCCCCGGCAGGGAGCACAGGAAGGAGACUGCAGGGGUUUCUGACCUCCCCUCACUGCCUAGUGGACCCAGCAGUGGCGCGCCGUCUGGCUUGGGGUGGGACCGCCCCUCCCAGCCCCCAGGUCGGCGGCCAGUUGGCUGCGUUUAGUGUGCCUACUUCCGUCUCCAGGUACAGGCUGCCUGGCCCCUUGGAGAGGGAGCAUGAGGCCCCUGCAGGCUCAGUGGGGAAGCGUGUCAUCACCAGAUCACGCUGCCUCAGCCGAAGGAGGGAGAAGAGUAGCGAGUACCGUGUAUUUGCAACCUUGUGUUCAUUUCCACAGGACUUGGAACCUGAGAGUUAGGGUUUCCAAGACAGACCCUAGAAAUCCUCUGCCUGAGUCCCACAUCUGGACCCUAACUGGAAUCACAUCUGGGUCCUGGUAGGAUUCCUGGCCCCCACCCUCUCCACUCCCUCCUCCUGUGCAAACACUUACCCUCUGUGCUCUCUGGCCUCAGCACUGAGCUCCCCUCUUCUGCUCCUGCCAAGUCCCGCUGCGGCCUGCGAGGUGGGGUUGUACACCAGGGUCCCAUGCUGCGUGGGAGGAUGAGGGGAGCCUCAUGGUGGGGAGGCGGUGGGGGCCAGAAGUACGUUCCUCCAAGAUCCAAACCAAAGUCCGGUGUUGGAAGGCUGCAGGCUGCAGGGGGAAGGACUAGGAGCAAGUCCUUAGAAAUGAGGGGAGAAGACAGAGAAGGGAGAAAGAGCAGGAGGAGCUGUGGGGUAGAAGAGGAGGGUGGGAGAUGGAAAGAGGUACAGAAAUGAGAAAGAGUGAGCAGAGAGGGGGCUGUGAUGGAUAGAGAACUUGGGUGGGGGAGGGGGCCAGAGAUGGAGGGAGGACUAGGGGUAGGAAAGAGGCAAAGGAAGAGGUGAGUUUUGGGAGGCGGGGUGCAGGGGAGAGAGGAUAAAGGAGACAGGACUUGGAGGAGUGGGGAGCAGCUGCUGUGUGCCCACUGUGUAAGGGGACAGCCCAUCCCCCCAAGGACACCCAUUGCCCAGGGAGGCCACAGACCCCUGUGGCCUGGUGGGAAGGCUAGAACCUACCUCCUCAGAGGCCGAGGCGCCACUUAAGAGGGACUGAGUCUAGGUGUCUGCUAAGCAGGUUAGCACAGCUGGAGUGGGUUAGUGGUAGAGGAGGGUGGGUAGUCCCCGCUGGGGUGGUUGGACAGUGCUUUCCUGUCACCAUCCACCCAGCCAGCUGCUGCCCCGGCCGAGGAAGGGGCAGUGGAAGAUGCAGCCAGGAGCUUGGGGUUCAGAGAGCAGGAUUGGGGCCUGAAGGUAACUUAGGGAAGGGAAAGAGGCUGGAGUGGGGACCAAACCAAAGCCCUGUCCCUGAGGCAUCAGCAGAGGUGAGAGCAGAGCGGGAAACAGAAGCUGCAGCCUGGGGCCCCAGGUGAAGCUGAAGUGCCACCAAGUCCAUGGCCCAGAUGCUCCCCCGGGGGGGCCAGGAAGGGAUUGCAGCGAGGAUGUUGUGAUCUGCCUUCACCCAUGGCUGGAGACUUGCUUUAGCCCUCGAGAAGGGACUGAAGCAGAGGAGAUGGUCUGUUCCUGACCCCAGCUCGAGCUCUUGGUCCCUGAAAGACACUGAACUCUGAGCGGCCCACGGAGACACCCCUUCCCGGGCUGUGCCUGGGCCAGAGGGCUCCGGCACCACCCGGCCCCCUCUGCCCGGCGUGGGACUUCUAGGAUAGGCUGAGGCAGCUCCAAAUGUGGGUUCAGAGCACUGCUUGCCAAAGUCCUUCUGGGUCUUGUGGUGUGAGACCUUUCCUCUUUGGGGACCAGUUCCCAUGGAGGAAAACACUCUUCCUGAGUGGGCAAGGAACAUGGGUAGGACUGGGGUCCUUCUCGGGCUUGGUACAGCCAAGAAUUUGAGACAAGGUUUUUAAACAAAGCUGUGGGGAAAAAUUCCUUGGCCUUCUUUUGAGGUUCCUGCUUAGGCCCAGGGGAAUCACCCUUCUCCAGCUUCCAGCAUAAACUGAGAAAGGGAGACUCUCUUUGGAGCAGCUGGGGUCUUCCCAGCAUGAGAAACUUCCAUGGGCCCCUGCCUGGCUCAGGGCUAGCCUUCGGGUGGGACUGGAGUUUCCUGAGAAGGGAGCAGGGGAACCACAGUCCUUCCCUGAGCUCUGACCAGCAGACCUCAGAGGGCCUGUGCUGUGUGUUGUUAGGAUAGCUUGGUGUCGUCUAUACUCCAUUAGUAAGUUCCGUCUGAAUGUGUCCUCACUGUUCAUCGUCCAAUUUGGUAACAUUGAUUUUGGUCCUGACCCCUUCUGCUGCUGCUGGAUUUGAGCUUCAGUGCAGGUGGAAUGACGUUCAAAUAAAGAAACACUUUAUAUCACCCA